UUUGGAACAUAAUUAUUGUCUCAUUGGCAUCACUGAUAAAACUAGUGUCGGAACCUUGAACGAAACAGCUGCAAGUAAAGAAGUAGCAGUAGAGUAUUUUUUUCAAUAUUUUUCACGAUUCUUCGAUGUUAUAUACUUCUUAAACAAGAAAAUAAUCAUACGACAUUGGAUAGUGGAAGUCAAAUUUCAUACAAUAAAAUAUUGAAAAUUAAUCAACAUGACGGAGGACAUGUUAGGAGCUGAUAUCUGCCGGGUUUGUAGAUCUGAAGGUCUUCCAGAUAGACCUUUAUUUCAUCCUUGUAUUUGUACUGGAAGUAUUAAGUGGAUCCAUCAAGAGUGUUUAGUACAAUGGAUGAGAUAUUCAAGAAAAGAAUAUUGCGAAUUAUGUGGCCACAGAUUUUCUUUUACACCAAUUUACAGCCCGGAUAUGCCACGUCGUUUACCUCUACGCGAUGUGAUCGGAGGAUUAUGUUCUAGUAUCAUGACAGUCGUAAAUUAUUGGCUGCAUUAUACUUUAGUUGCUUUAGCAUGGUUGGGGUUAGUUCCAUUAACAGCCUGUCGUACUUACAGAACAUUAUUCAGUGGGUCCUUAGACCUUGUCAGAGUGAUGUCAUUACCAUUAGACAUUUUGUCUACUGAAAACAUAUCAUCGGAUAUUUUCCACGGUUGUUUUGUGGUCACUUGUACAUUGUUUGCUUUUAUUGGCUUGGUAUGGCUUCGAGAACAAAUUCUUCACGCUGGAGGACCUGAUUGGCUUGAAAGAGAUAUUCAACUGCCUGUUGCGGAAGAAAAUAAUGAAGCUCAAGCUCAACCACAUAUUCAAGAUCCUCAAAGACAACCUGAUGAUCGUGAUAAUAACAAUAUCCCUCCAUUUGUGGAUGAACCACCUAGACCAGUGGAUCCUAGUGAUGAAGAACAUCUAAUGUAUCGUGAAAUUGUUGAUAAUGGUCCGGAACAAGGAAUAGGCAAUGUAGGUGAAAUCGUUGAUGAAGAAGUACGGCAAGAAGAUAAUGUAAACGUUGUUCAACCUGAAGAACGUGUAUGGAGAGAAGGUCAAGUUCAAGAUCAAGCUCAAGCUGCUGGUGAAGCCGAAGAAGGCAAUUGGAAUCCUAUGGAAUGGGAUCGACCAGCUGAAGAACUUACUUGGGAAAGACUUUUAGGUCUUGACGGUUCUCUAUUAUUCGUUGAACACGUGUUUUGGGUUAUUUCUUUGAAUACUGUCUUUAUUUUACUUUUUGCUUUUUGUCCGUACAUCUUUGGACAUUAUACAAUAGCUGCCUUAGGACUUCAAGAACAUGCUGCUGCAUCCCACUUUGAAGGACUUGUCACAACUCUAUGUGGUUAUGGAGUAAUUGGUGGAAUUCUAGUAAUUUUACAUACACUAGCAGCGCUAUUUGGUUUUCAACGUUCCCAAAAGAUCCUUGGGUUAGGAUAUGUAGUAGUAAAAGUUUCCCUACUAUCAGUUGUAGAAAUUGGUGUAUUACCACUUGUAUGUGGAUGGUGGUUGGAUAUCUGCUCUCUAGCAAUGUUUGAUGCAACUUUAAAAGAUCGUGAAUCUUCAUUCAGACUUGCUCCAGGCACGUGUAUGUUUAUCCAUUGGCUAGUAGGAAUGGUGUAUAUUUAUUAUUUUGCUUCAUUCAUUCUACUUUUACGUGAAGUGUUGCGUCCAGGUGUUCUUUGGUUCUUACGUAAUCUUAAUGAUCCUGACUUUUCACCGAUUCAAGAAAUGAUUCAUCUUCCAAUCAUAAAACAUGCCCGAAGGCUUAUCGUAUCAGCCGUAAUAUUUGGUACAGCAAUACUUUUAAUGCUUUGGUUGCCUAUUAGAUUACUCAAAUGGGCAUGGCCUGGAUUUUUGCCGUACACUGUGACCUUACAAACAGAAGCCCAAGUUAGCGAACUUUCUUUGGAAUUACUCUUACUUCAAGUGAUUUUACCAGCUUUAUUAGAACAAUCCCAUACACGUACAUGGCUGAAGGCGUUAAUACGUGGCUGGUGUCAAGCAGUAGCCUGGAUGCUUGAUAUUCAAUCUUAUUUACUUCGAGAUCAAAGGGAUGAUCAAGGACCAGCAGUUAUUGAGGAACAUGCAGAUCUAAGAGCAGCACAUCAAGCAGCUGCUAAUAUGCUACAUAGAGACAAUCCAACUGGCGAUCAACCAUACGUUAGAACUAAAUGGUUCCCAGCAAGAAUAAUUGGACUUUUGAUAUGUGUUUGCAUAUCAUUGGUGAUUGCUAGUUUAAUUGCAAUGACUCUACCAGUAUGGUUGGGACGCAGAGUUAUGGCUUUAUGGAUGGUCGGCGCUCCAGCACCUUCUCCAUCUGUAUUGCCACAAACUUUAUCUGUAAACAGUGUAGGAGAGGCUAUGGUUGUAUUUUCCGGGCGAGUCCACGAAAUUUAUACAGUUGCUUGUGGAACUUAUGUUUGUUGGGCAGCAGCUCGUGGUUUAGCUCUUGCAUUUUCAUGGCUGCCUCGAGGACGACGAGCCAUUUUAGAUAGAAUUAAACAUCGAGCAAUUUUAGGUGUAAAAGCGUCAAUAGCAUUUAUACUUUUAGUUGGAGUAAUUCCUCUGCUAUUUGGCCUCCUUUUAGAAUUAGUUGUAGUCGUUCCGUUGCGGGUGCCCUUAGAACAAAAUCCUAUUUUAUUUAUUUGGCAAGAUUGGGCUUUAGGUGUACUCUAUACCAAAAUAGCAACAGCAGUAACGAUGAUGGGACCUGAAUGGAGAUUACGAAAUGCAAUUGAAAAAGCUUAUAAUGAUGGUGUGAGAGAGAUGGAUCUCAAAUUUAUUGUAACCGAACUUGCAGCACCAGUAAUUUGCGUUUUUGGUCUUGCAUUAGCUGUUCCUUACGCUUUUGCUUAUGGAAUAGUACCAUUAUUUGUGACAAAUCUUCAAACACAGAUUCUUAUUGCUAGAUGUCUUUAUUCAGUUUUACUUUGGAUUAUUUUUGUUUGUGUUUUAAUAGUAUUUCAUAUUCGUCAAUUCAAAAAGCUCUAUGAACGAAUCAAAAAUGAUAAAUAUUUGGUUGGACAACGUUUAGUAAAUUAUGAGCAUCGUAACAAGCAACAACAUUCACAAAAAGCUAAUUAAAGUCGAUUGUACAAAGUAAUGACAAAAAAAAAUGAAGAUUUAGAAAUAACUUCGUGUACAUUCUCAUUCUACAAUGAUUUAUAAAAUAUUGAAAAAAAAGAAA